AUGUUAAAGGCAGCAGUGAUUAUCGCUUUACUCAGUAGCUCCAUACUGGCCGUUGUCGUCAAUGGUUACACGCUCCACUUCAAGAACAAUUGCAAGUUCCCGGUAUGGCCAGCGGUAGGGAAAGCGCCCAACGGACAACCAGACCCGUCGGUCUCGUACGGCACCAAGCUCAACCCAGGCGGAGAAAGCCAGUUCGGCGUGAAUGACCGGGAGAUCGGAAUCCGCUCAUGGGGACGCACAGGAUGUGAUCCCAAGGGCGCUAAUUGUGCAACUGGAGCCUGUCGAGGUGGACUUCGUUGUAACGAGGGCAGGAUCACUUCGAGGGUGUUGCUUGGUGAAUACGGCUACCAAUCCUUUGGUAAUGUGAUCUCCUGGGACUUAUCUCGGGUCGAUGGUUCAAUCAACAUCGAUACAUCCAUCAAUAACGGAGGAAACGCGAAGACUUGUAGGAAGAAUAACUGUCCAUCGAACCAGGCUUUUGCCAAACCAAACGAUUUCCAAGCGAUCACCACCAGCCCGGUAGGUUCGACUUUCAGGAUCACGUUUUGUGCUUGA